AUGGCAGCAGAAAGAGGAAACCGGCUCGCUACCACCCAAACAGGCGGAGGCAACAAAAGACAAAGCGCUGCUGCGGGUUGGCGGCUAUUCCCCUCGCCCAUGCUACCACCUACGUAUCCUCUUGCCGGGAUGCUUUUAGGGUCUACCUUUGACACCAGGCACUACGGAGGAAAGGAAGAGGAGACACCAGGCGUACGGGAGGAUGGAGAGGCUGCAAAGGAUCAAAUACAGAUUUCCUUGAGAGGACCCGGGGGCAUAAUAUCUUCCUGCCUGUCUUAA